AAUUUGACUAGUAAGUGUCGAUAACGCAAUUUUUGUUUAAUAUAUAUUUUUGGCAAUAGGGACAGUAGGUGAACUAGGCACCUAUCGUAAAAAUCAUGACCAUGGCAUGCAAACUUACAUGAAAACGCCUUGUCGUAUUAUUCGUCAUGAUUCGAGCGGUUAUCUUUGGUCUUUUUAUUUCUCGUGUUUGUUAUUAAUUUUUUUUACUAAAAUUAAUAAUAAAAAACAAAAAAAAAAUUUUAAUUUUAAAUUUCUACUUUUAUGUAACGUAUCUAAAACUCGCGUAAUUGUUAUCGUGCGGUCUAAAGAAUAUUUUAUCAUUUAGAGGUCACUGUUACAAAAGGAUAAAAUUUAAAAAAAAAUUCAUCAUCUAUAAUUUUAGAAAUUUAUAAUCAAAACAUGUUUAUGCGGCAACAUCUAUUUUGGCGAUAACUUCAAUAACUUUGACAAAAUAUUCAACAUAAUCGCUUGUGAAGAGAGGAAAAACACCAGUAAUAGUACAAGGAGUGACGAAAAAAGUAAGGCGUAGUUUUAUCAGCCGGCUAUAAAAUGUUGACGAGUACCGAAAAUUGCGCUUCAACUAAUACGUUGAAAACCAACGGUAGUGAAGCAAAUGGUGGCAAAAGUGAAAAUAAUGACGGAUUUAAAGUUAAGUAUCAAGAGGAAUCUUAUGAAAUAAUUAAUUUUUUGAAACAUCAUCCGGGAGGACGCGAAACACUUAAAAAUUACAAAGGAUUAGCCCUGGAUAAUGUUUUCGAAGAGAUAAAACAUUCCGAGGCCGCAUUUCAUCUGUUCAAUGAAUUCAAGGUCAACAAUAAAAAUAAUUAUGGCGACGUAGAGACUUUAAUUGAUUGGAACUCUCCGUUAUUGGGCCAAGUCGGUUCAUUGUCAAAUAAAUAUUGGGAGUGGGUUAAUUUACCCGUAAAUCGUCACAUACGUAUUUUUAAAUCUGAUUACUUGGAAUUACUCACAAUGACACCUUGGUAUCUGGUACCUCUAUUUUGGAUACCAAUUUCGAUUUAUUUUCUAUACCUCGGAUCAAUGAAAAAUGUUUCCGAGUCAUUUUAUUAUUCUGUGUGUUAUAAAGUAUUAGCUUUUUUAUCAGGUUUAUUAGUUUGGACGCUACUAGAGUACACACUUCACCGAAAACUUUUUCAUUUAAAGCCACCAGCUAAUUCAAAACUUCUCAUUUCAUUACAUUUCAUUCUACAUGGCAUCCACCAUAAAGCGCCGUUUGACGAUCAACGACUAGUAUUUCCACCGAUUGCUUCUGCAACAGUAGCAUAUGUUUUUUAUCAAAUAUACAAAAUAAUAUUUCCUAUCACAGCAAUAAAUACAAUUGCUGCCGGGACCAUGACAGGAUACUUGUGUUAUGAUUUAAUUCAUUACUAUUUACAUCAUGGAACACCAAGUUUCCGAAGUUAUCUAGGCGACAUGAAGAGAUACCACAACUACCAUCAUUUCUCCCACCACGACGCAGGUUUUGGUAUAAGCAACAAAUUGUGGGAUUACGUCUUCAAAACACUGAUAAUAUUAAGGCAGUUAAAAAAGGCCAUUAUUUGUGGCUCGCCUUAUGAAGUCAUAAUUAUUGACGACGGCUCUCCGGAUGGGACUCUGGAGGUAGCGCAGAAGCUCCAAAAACUCUAUGGAGAAGACAAAAUUAUUCUGAGACCUCGAGAAAAAAAACUGGGACUUGGUACCGCUUACAUACACGGUAUCAAACAUGCAACGGGAAAUUUUAUAAUUAUUAUGGACGCAGAUCUAUCCCACCAUCCACAAUUUAUCCCGCCGAUGAUCGAAUUACAGAGAAAGAAAAACUACGAUAUUGUUACUGGUACUAGAUACAUAAACGGUGGUGGAGUUUAUGGUUGGGAUUUCAAAAGAAAACUUAUAAGCCGGGGUGCUAAUUUCAUAACUCAAAUUCUUUUGAGACCAGGAGUCAGUGAUUUAACUGGCAGCUUUAGAUUGUAUAAGAAAGAUGUAUUACAACGAUUGAUUGAGUCCUGCGUCUCCAAAGGCUACGUAUUUCAAAUGGAGAUGAUUGUAAGAGCGCGUCAAUUCAAUUAUACAAUCGGCGAAGUUCCCAUAUCAUUUGUCGAUCGAGUUUAUGGAGAAUCGAAAUUAGGUGGCUCUGAAAUAAUCCAAUUUAUCAAAGGCCUCGUUUAUCUUUUUGCUACGACCUAAAAAAAUAAUUUGUACUCAACAAAAAUACCAAUGAAAAUGUAAAUUUAAAUAAAUACAUUCCGCCAUUUGUAUAUAAUUGUGUAAAUUUGUACAAUUUUUCGUAAUAAAAAAUUGCACUUGAA